AUGGAAGACGACGAUAUGGAUGCGUCGCUUGAUGGGCCCAUGUCCAAGCGUGCGAUCAGCGCCCAGAUUGACGACCCACAUCUAGUGCGAUGCCUGCCGGACACGCAAGAUACGUUGCGACAGAGGCGUGCCAUGUUCCAACUGCAAGGCAAGCAAAUUGAGUAUGAUUUGUUGGGCCUGAACUUGAAGUUGCCGCUGAUUCGUGCAGCUUGCAAAACAGCUCCCCCUCAACAGAAAGCGCAGCGACAAAGGGUUCACAUAUCUGAAGAAUACGAGAAGAAGAUUGAUAGAAUUGAAGACCGCUUAGCUGGUAUUGAGAAUGUUCUUGCCAGUCUCGCAACGAAACUCGGCAGUCUGGACCUCCAGAAAGACUCGCAUGAAUCCAGCAGCCAAUCGCGGUCGAGCCGAGUUGGCCCUUCAAGGAGUCCUGGAAGUGUCCUCGUCGAAGCCCCCACACCCGCGCCAUUCGAGGGCGAGAGUUCUAUCAAUAGCCAGUCAGACUAUGCUCGCGAGAUGCUGGCACGAGCGAUCGGGAGUACACCCUCUAUUGGACAGAAUGAAGAAGUCAAGUUGGCACUUACUGCUCUUUCGGAGAUGGUCUCUCAGCACGGCCAAAACCCUGCAACUUCCAACCCCUUGAUCAACCAGUCACUUGUCGACAUUGACCCAUCGAAGCUGGAACGACCGCCUUGGGAAAUUGCGUGCUAUGCUUUGGAGAAAGCUAGUGGUAUGUCUACAGACUUUGUACCAUUCAAGCCGAUCUGA